UCUGCUUUUUCAAUGUCGCCAGUUGUUGCAGAGUUUCAAGCUUCUCCAUCGCCAUCGCCAGCACCUUAACCUCAAGCGCUUCCCACGCACCGUCGAACUGUAGCCCCAGAAGACGCCAGAGAGCGAUGGCGGUCUCCACCAUGGUGCGCUCUUCUGCGAUGUUGCGCAACAGCAUCGCGGAUGCGCCAGCAUCGCCUCUUGGAGCCUUUGAAAGGAGGCCCAGCUGGGUGGCAUCGCACCACAGACGGGGCGUGAUUUUUGGAGAGGCGAGCGAGGAGUCGUUCCUAGGACAGAGCGUGAGGCUUGCGCACUCUAGGAGCACGGGUUCUGUGAAGAGAGCCGGGAGGUGGAUCGUUGAAGCCGCCGCGACUUUUGAUACGCAGACUAAAGUCGCGCGCGUGCGCAUUGGCACUCGCGGAAGCCCUUUGGCACUGGCACAGGCGUAUCAGACUCGCGACAAGCUGAAGGCAGCUCAUCCAGGAUUGGCGGAGGAAGGAGCACUUGAGAUCAUCAUUAUUAAAACCACUGGAGACAAGAUACUGAGCCAACCGCUGGCAGAUAUUGGUGGCAAGGGAUUGUUUACGAAGGAGAUUGAUGAUGCGCUAUUGAACGGUGAUAUUGAUAUCGCAGUUCAUUCCAUGAAGGAUGUACCCACCUAUCUUCCGGAGGGCACGAUCCUUCCCUGCAACCUCCCUCGUGAAGAUGUCCGUGACGCUUUCAUUUGUCCAAAUUACUCUUCACUGGCAGAACUGCCCGAGGGCAGUGUAGUGGGAAGUGCAUCCUUGCGGAGACAGUCCCAGAUUCUUCACAAGUAUCCUCAUCUUAAGGUAGAGAACUUUAGAGGGAAUGUACAAACUCGCCUGCGUAAGUUAAGUGAAGGAACAGUGCAAGCCACACUCCUGGCCCUGGCUGGCCUUAAGCGCUUGGACAUGACGGAGCAUAUUACAGCUAUCCUUGCAACUGACGAUAUGCUACCUGCAAUUGCUCAAGGUGCCAUUGGUAUUGCUUGUCGAACUGGUGAUUCUAAGAUGGAGGAGUAUCUUGCGUCACUGAAUCAUGAGGGCACAAGACUCGCAAUCUCGUGCGAAAGGGCAUUUUUAGCCAAGCUGGACGGCUCAUGUCGCACACCAAUUGCUGGUUUAGCUGAACGUACGGAGGAUGGGUGUUCGUUUCGGGGACUGGUUGCAACUACUGAUGGCAAGCAAGUUUUGGAAACUUCACGAAAGGGCUCAUUUUCAUAUGACGAUAUGAUCGCCCUGGCGCAAGAUGCCGGAGCAGAGCUCAUCUCAAGAGCUGGCCCAGAUUUUUUCAAGUGGUAGACUUACUUCGAAGGAGGCAAACUGGUCUGAGCUGGUGGAAAGCGUCAGUACCGCAGAAUUGAAAGACAUGAAUAGUGAACGUAGUCAUGAAAAUUCAGGUUCCAUAAAGAAAAGGGGUGACAGUUAUCCGCGGAUGUAGUAUUCAUAUUCGGUUCAUGGAGACCGGGGUCUCAGUGAGUGAUGCCUAAUGACGUUUCAAUGGAACUGAAGUUAUCUGUUAGCAUUUUAGAGUGUAACAACGGCUGUUCCUACAAGUGUCACGUAGGAAAAAUAAUGCUGAAUCAGCAUAUUUGGAUUCUCCUCUUUUGUACCAGCAAUAGAACAUGUGUACUUCAGCAGCCGAUUCACAGCUUU